AUGGAUUAUACCAGGGAGGUUGCUGCUUAUAGUCGCCUCAUGUCCAUCGGAGAGACAGGCAGAAGUAUCCCAAAAUUCUAUGGAUCGUGGACUUUCCAACUGCCUAUCGCAAGCCAAGGAGUUGUAUAUCAGAGGCCAGUGCGAGUGCUCUUGAUCGAUCACCUUGAAGGGUUGGAUUUGCAGAGCUCACGCAUCCAGAAUGACUACCUUGCGCACAACAGUCUAGAUGCAUUCCACCUGCCCGAGGACUACCGCCUAGAGGUACUGGCGCGGGUUUUAGAUUCUCAUGCGUGGUUUAUGCACUGGGGAGUUAACCAUGGGGAUCUGGCUGGCCGUAAUGUGAUGCUCGUUACCGAUACCAGCGCCAAACUCAGCACCGGCAACAACAGCAUCAUCAGUAUCCCGCGCGUUGUACUAGUUGAUUUCAACGUGUCUACUGUUUAUAGCUGUACCCUUAUGGGCAAGCACUCUUUUGAGAACCUGGCUCGCCCAGUGAGCCCCAUGGAGUUGUUUUGGAAGUGGUCUCUGGCUGUUGACUUUGAAGGAUGGGUCCCUCGAGAAUGGGCAGACUCUGAAAGGCUACAGCAGCAGUGGCUGCUGCGGAGAUUUGGUAGCGAAGAGCAGAAAGCCCUGUACGAACCUGUGACCAAGGAGCUUGAGUUUAGCAUCGAUUAG